AUGGCAGAAGCCCGAAGCGGUCAGAGCUACGCUGUUCGCCCGAGUGAAGCGAGCUCUCCUGCGGCUACCGGAGGCGCUUCUCUCCCGCCCGUGCAUUCAGGUUCCGCGGCUGCAGUGUCUCCCGGGCUCAGCAUGACCGCCGCGGCGCAGACGCAGGAGCUCUUCCGGUGCGCGGACGCCGUGUGCUUUGACGUCGACAGCACCGUGAUCCGCGAGGAGGGCAUCGACGAGCUCGCCAAGUUCUGCGGAGUCGGAGACGCGGUGACGGAGAUGACUCUGAAGGCCAUGGGCGGCUCCGUCUCAUUCCACACAGCUCUGAGUGAGCGUCUGUCCAUCAUCAAGUGCUCGAGGGAACAAGUCAACAAGCUGAUCACUGACCACCCGCCUCAGCUGACGCCAGGGAUCAAGGAGCUGGUGGAGAAGCUUCAUCAGCGUAGCGUGAAGGUGUUCCUCGUCUCCGGUGGGUUCCGCUGCAUCGUUGAACACGUGGCGUCGCAGCUCAGCAUCCCGCUCCAUCACGUCUACGCAAACCGCCUCAAGUUCUUCUUCAACGGAGAGUACGCUGGCUUCGACGAGUCUCAGCCCACAGCACAGUCCGGCGGGAAGAGCCGGGUCAUCAGCAUGCUGCAGGAGGAGUACGGCUUCAGAAACAUCGUGAUGAUUGGAGACGGAGCCACGGACCUGGAGGCCUGUCCUCCUGCGAGCGCCUUCAUUGGGUUUGGUGGGAACGUGGUGCGGCAGCAGGUGAAGGAGAAGUCCUCGUGGUACGUCUCCAGCUUCGGAGAGCUGCUUAAAGAGCUGGAGAAGAUCUAGAGAGGACUGACUGGAGUUUAGCAUACUCUGUGCUCAUGCACUAGCUUUGUGCCUUUCCUAGUUUCACCUAAUGCACAAUUUUUAAUGGUCGUAUGUCUUUAGAGUUUAUUAUUGAAACGAUUGUUUAUAUAGAAGAUGAUGCAAACCAGCAGAGGUCUGCUGUACUGUACAGUGAGCAUUUUAACUGAUGAAACUUGACUCAUGUUUGGAUGUCAGACUUCGAGAGAACACUGUAUCAUGACUGUUUCUGAGCUAACAACUGUCUACUUCAGUAUGCAUAUUUGAAAAAGAGCAUUUUUAAUAUUGGUCAAGAGAGAAUAAACAAGUAACAGCUGUUGCGUGUCUUUUAUCGGUGUAAACAUGACACAGUGUGGUAGAUUUAUGAUUUAUUGAUUACAGUAUUGUUUGCUGUUAAAGCCCCGUCAGAUCAGCGUACAGUAGCCCGAGCAUGCUGCGAUCACACAAACUAGAUCAGAUCAGAACAGCUUCAUCCACAACACAAAAACAUGUCUAUGUAGAAACAGAAUGUAAAAUAAAAUACAGCAACUAAAAAAAAAAACAUAAUUUGCACACAACCCGUCCCCGAUGAGGCUUGUCCCGCUCCAGCUGCACAGAUUUGCUUAAACAAGGGCUGUUUAGUAACCAACAGUGUAUUUAGAUUUCAUCUGGUUAAUAACUGAUCUGAAUAUGUAGGAUGGAUUCUGCUGUAGGUUAUUAAAACAUGAAACAGUCUCCAUGUGGGGGUUUAUAUUUACAGCUUAUAAAUAUGCAAUAAAUAC